GAUCCAUGGACUGGUUUCAGAGUUAGUAUGAAUGUAGACAUCUUAAAAUUAAAGAUAAAGCCAAGAAAACCUGAACAGGGGGAUGUUAUGAUGUUUAACUAGGAUAUUAUGAUGUUUAACUGUUUCAGAAGAAUGGUUAUAUUUCUUCCCAGGACCGGAGACGGGAAAGAUUAGUGUAAAAAUGGCGAAAAGACGGAGAAAUUACAGUUUACCACAUUUACUGAACGAGAGGGAGACGCGGGGUGAUUUGGUUGCCAGACAACUAGAGAGAGAAAAGCAUGUUACGAUAGAACUGGUUGAACGACUGGGACUCUUUAAAGAGUUAGUAGGUCAUGAAGGUUGUGUGAACUGUUUGGAUUGGAAUAAACCUGGAACUAUCCUCGCUUCAGGUUCAGAUGAUCAGAGUGUGAUACUUUGGAACGGAUUUACUGGUAAACUGAAGACACAGUUAAACACUGAACACCAGGGGAAUAUAUUCUCUGUCAAGUUCCUACCGGAAACUGGGGACUCUCUCAUUGUCACAGGUGGUCAGGAUGCCCGAGUAUGUUUGUUGGACGUGGAGAAGAAAGUAUGUAUAAGAAGUGCUGCUCUACACAUUGGACGGGUGAAGAGGUUAGCUGUAUCCCCAGAUACUAGCGGUAUAUUCUGGUCUAGUGCUGAGGAUGGUACAGUUAUGCAAUGGGAUACAAGGGAGAAGUGGAGAGAAGGCGGAAAUAAUGUUUUGAUAAAUCUAGUAAAACAUGUGGGUAAAGCAGAGAUCAAGUCAAUAGCAGUGAACCCGACUAAACCAGAGUUGAUUGCAAUUGGAGCUAAUGAUCCCUACGUCCGAGUUUAUGACAGGAGAAGGUUAAGUCUACAGAAGCUUACCGAGGAGUCGGGAGAAACGGUUAGAAACUGGGAAAGGAGAACCCAGCUAGCUGUGAGUGGGGGUGCAGGGGACAAUACUCCUCAUGAUGCCGUGCAAUAUUUUACUCCUAAACAUUUACCAGAUCAGCAAGCAAAGUAUAAAUCUACACUCAGAACCCUAUCUUCAACCUACCUGAGUUAUAGUACUGCUGGUACAGAACUACUCGUCAAUACUGGAGGAGAACAUGUCUAUUUAUAUCAGAAAUUUAGAUUGUUUGAAAAGAAUCCUCCACCAAGUUUAUUAAAACAAAUAUCUGUGAUACAAGGCUGUGCAGAAACUUCAUCACAACCCUCCGCAGAAUCUGUUCUACCGAAGGAUGUGGAAACAUUGAAACUUUCCGCUAAUUCGGAGUUUGAAUCUGGAAACCAUUACAGAGCCAUUGAGCUGUACAAUUUGGCCAUCUCAAGGUGUGCUAAUCAUGUGCUGUAUGCAAACAGAGCAGCGGCGUUGUUGAAACGCGCAUUUCGAGGAGAUGUUUAUGCUGCGCUUCGUGACUGUUUGAGCGCGCUCAAUCUCAACCCUAGAUAUGUCAAAGCACAUCUUAGACUAGGUAGAUGUUUAACAGACCUAGGAUGGUUGGAGGAGGCAGAUCUAUGUCUUUCAAAUUUCAAAACUAAUUUCCCAGAACACAGGAAAUCAAAGUCAUUUGUGCAAUUGUUGAAUGAUUUCCAAAGUGCACAAGAUGAGAAAGUUCCAAAGGAUAAGGUUAGCCCAGUACCUGACCAGGAGGAGGAGAGAGAAGCAUCAGUUCCUUACACUAGGGAGGACUUCCUGAGAUCUGUAGACGGGGAGAGGGACAGAGAGGAGGAGGAGAUGGAGGUGGACGAGGAGAGGUUUAUACCGCCUCGGCUCAAGAUAUCUAGUCAGGAGAUUAAAUGGAGACGAUUAGCCAGAGAUUAUUCAUCAAGAUUUGUUGGAGCGGCAAAUAUACAAACAGAUAUUAAGGAAGCAUCGUUUUUCGGUUCUGAUUGUCAGUUUGUGGUGGCAGGUUCAGACGAUGGACGUAUUCUCAUCUGGGAUACACGGACUUCUAANCCCCAACACUGUCAGAUCGGUAGGCCAGCUAGAGCUGACAUAUUGCGUCCUUACAAUGCUAUCCUCAAUAUUAGUGCUUCAUUAUUAUAG